AUGGCCUUGGCCACUACCGAUCGAAAUACCCUCCAAUUGGGAAAAAGAGAACCACCUCCCCAUCCUGCUCCUGCCGUUGCGAUUACUCCUUGUGACCCUUGGCCUAGACCUUAUUACGUAGAAGGUGGCCUCCGAAGAGUCGCCCCGUAUCAUUAUACUUACAACACCUACUGCAAACAAAGAUGGCGUGGCCGCGAACUGCUUGACAUCUUCGCGACGGAGUUUCGCGAUCGAUCGCGGGAGUAUUACAAACAUGCAAUUGAGGUGGGACAAAUCUCUGUCAAUGGAGAGCCCUGUGUCGAUGUCCGCACCAUUGUGAAGAAUGGCGAUGUCAUCUCACACACCUUGCAUAGGCACGAGCCCCCAGUCACUGCUCAGCCAAUUCGAGUCAUCAAUGAGACUGAAGAUAUGAUUGUUAUCGACAAGCCAGCCGGUGUGCCUGUUCAUCCGGCAGGAAGGUAUAACUACAAUUCGGUGGUGGAAAUUAUGAAGGCGGAACGGCACCCUACCUUCAGAGCACUUCCCUGCAACAGACUCGAUCGCUUGACUAGUGGUGUUAUGUUCAUUGCAAAGACCGGUCAAGAGGCGGAAAAGAUAAGCGAGAAGCUCCGAGGACGAACUGUGCGGAAAGAGUAUGUCGCGAGGGUCAAAGGUAGAUUUGAGGAUGGAGAAGGCUGGAACGGAGAUCCAAUGCGUGGUGGAGUGGUGAGCUGUGAAGAAAGUAUCCUUCAGAUUAGUCCUAUCCUUGGUCUCAAUCGAGCGCGAGCCAGUGGGAAGCCAGCGAAAACGUUGUUCAGACGAAUAGCGUACUAUCCUCGAAACACAAUCAACUCGACACCAUCUGAAGGCCUACCUCAAGCUAAUCGCACUCAGGAGAAUGCGCAACCCGCAGCACCCACACCGGGCAGCGAAAACGAUGGAUACAGCAUUGUGCAUUGUUUGCCCUUGACGGGACGGACACAUCAGAUUCGAGUGCACCUCCAAUUUCUAGGGCAUCCCAUCACAAAUGAUCCGAUCUACAGUAAUCGAGCGGUCUUUGGUCCCAGUCUCUCAAAGAAUGACUCGAGUGGUAACGAUGAUGCAGAGAUUAUUGCAAGGCUGGCGACCAUGGGAAAGACCGAAGUGGCUAGUUCGCUGGCGCAUGACGAGCAGAUGGCCAAAGUCAUCGACCAAACGCAGCAGAUGACGGCUACCGAUGCCGCCAGACUCACCGACGCCAACUUCAAACCCUUGAAUAGCGGUACUUUGCACGCAGGCCAGUUAGCAGGAUCUGACGAGAAGACUCAAUAUGCUGCUUAUGUCAAAGCGCACGAGGACAUGGUGGUUGAUUACAACAAAAGAAAAGGCGAGAAGAUGACGGGAGAAAAAUGCAGCGUUUGUGAUACGCCCUUGUAUUCCGAUCCUGGGCCGCACGAAUUGGGAAUAUAUCUUCACGCGCUCGCAUAUGCCGAUGUGACAGAAGGAAGCUGGAGUUAUCGUAGCCCUGCACCAACUUGGGCUCUUCCCCCUGAUGGGAUGGAAGGACCUCGUGAGAUUGGGGCAUGGGAGUAUCGUGGAGACGAGUUCCUCGACAUUGGCGACGAGAGAGCAGAUGAAAAGGCUCGGACCAAAAUGGGGGAGAGAAGCAAUCGCGAACUCGACUCAUAG